CCCGCAACCCCUAUUCAAGUGGAGCCACGAUUAUCGCCAAAUACAGAGGGGCAACUAUGCAAUGUGAAUCCUGAAACCGAGACUGAUAAUUCGGCAGCCGGAGAGAUGGAGGGUAUUGGGGUGGCAACCUGGGGCCAGAGUGCAUGCUCAGCCUCUUCAGGCUGUUAUUGCUGUGGCUGCUGUUGCAGCUGCCACCACUGCUGUAUCUGCUACCAUGGCAGCCAUCUUAGUCAGGACACUACUGGAACUUCGUUGACCUCUUCUCUUUCCUCUACUUCCUUGGUUCAUCAGACCAGUUGCACUUCAUUUGAGCGCCCCACCAGCUCGCAGCAUUAUCGUCCCCUUUCGCUCAGCUCUCUGGAUACUCAUUUCGCCAAAGUGCCCAUCGUAAGACGUCUGACAGACAAGAGAGAUUCGGUGCUAGUGACUUCGGUAGAACAGACUUCAAGCACGGCGACUACAACGAUUACAACGACUACAACAACUUUAAUUCCGAGCGAGUGUAGUGAGAAGAAGGCGAGUUCAAUGCUGGCGUCAGCAUGGAGUACACAAAAUGCUCUGUACGGUAUAUCUGCACAAACAACUCAUGCUGACCCCGAUCAUAAUGGAGACAAUCAUGAUGUACAGCUUCUCCCCUGUUGUUAUGAGCCAAAGGACUCUCAAUUUCGUUUUGAUCAAUGUCCGCUGUGUGGAGGACCGACAGUCAGUGCACUAAAACCUGCUUUUAUAGCCGGUCCUAUGUCAGUCUCUGCCAGGCGGAGCUCGUCUUGUCUGACACCCUCCUCUUCAGGCCAACUGCGCAUCCGGCCUGCCGAUCGUGGUUCUGCUACUCUGCCCAGCCAUGCAUCCUCUUGUUUGUCACCGCCGCGCUCUGGGCCUCUGGCAGAGAUGGAUGAUACGGGUGGUGUGGCCGACUAUGAGACACCCGAACCUGCUGACAGUGGCGCAGUUGCCACAGGGACUACCUCCAGCCCAUACACGCAGUUGUCGGAGACUUAUGAGACCGCGAGCGGCCAUAUUGCACCCUGCAAGUCUGUUGCUUGGCAAUCCAAUGGUGCUCGUCCUGCCUCUCGUGUUCUCAAACUGAAUUCUUGCUUGCGUCACCUUCAUCCAACCAGUCGUCAAUCGCAUGUGCAAUCGCCCCAUCCGAACUUCCACACCCAUCAUCAUGCGCCACAUCUCUGCCGCAUGCACCACGCUCUUCUCGCCAACUCUCCUUCGUGUCCUAGUUAUUCGCAUCCAUCAAACACUCCGGCGGCACAGACGGUUGAUCACUCCUUCAAAAACCAAAUCCCGCCUCAUCCGCAUUGUUGCUGUACUCUCUUGGUUUCUAAAGCAUGCCUAUACCCGGCGCUUCACAUUCCUCCACGCUGUAUUCUGCAUACCGAUCAGCAACAGUUAUCAGCUUUGCCGAUUCAACCUACUGUUCCUACGGACUGGGUCGAAGAACCAGGAUCCGAUCGAGUAUUUUCCGCCCAGUCCUCUAUAAAAUUGUCCCAUGCUUCCGACACUUGCUCUCCAGUCGAAUCUCCCAGUUCCCUCGUCACGACUGCCAUUCCAAUGACUACAGCCACUACCUCGGCAGCUGUGGGAUGCCCUUCUUGUCUUUCUUUUGACGCCUCAUCCUCUUCUUGUUACUGUUCCAGCCUUUCCUCGCAAACUGCUCCCUCUUUCAGCUUGCCUCCAACUAUGCCUUCUUCAAGAUCCACAACCAGACCGCUCUCCACCACUCUUCCUGUACCUUCUCUGAUUGAUCAGAGAGGCGAAGGAGUUGCUCCCUUUUUUUCCUGUUUCUCCAUGCCCUUCACAUGCGUGCACAAUCACACACACCACCUACACACUAUUGCUUUGCCCGGAGACUAUAACCACUGCCUGGCUAACCGAAGAGCCAUGUGGGCAACUCUAGGUACUUUAAACAAUCAGUCAGCUAGCGCUCAGGAACCUCUAAUUCGCGCUCAUACUUCGAUGCGCCCCGGAUGUGCCUGUUCCCUCCUAACAACAGGAGCUUUUUCAGCUUCAGUAGGACAGAAAGAUAGGCUCGAAUGCAGAUCUUCGCCCCAGCCGAAGACUCAAACUGAGGCACUUCGACGACAAGCAUUUCCUUCUAAUGCCUUGACGACAAAACUUUCUAACUCUCAUCCCUCUCCUUUAACUGCCUCCGCCAAUGUCCGUCGAUCGUUAACGGUGUCUGGUUGGCCUUGUGAACAAUUCGCAACUGUUCCGCAUGCAGACAGACUCCGAGACCGGGUUUUUUUUUCCGGUUUAACUGAACAGAAGCACCUUCAGCUGACGGAGCUUCGCCAGGAAGUAGCAAACCUUCUGCAGAAAAAGUGA